UGGACGGCUGGCCGCGGUCCGUGUGGAUGAAGACGGAAGUUUACUUUUCCGCCUGAGCUACGUCACACACAGGCUGAACCCAGGAGGAGGUGUGGUCUCCGCACGAAUGAGGCAGACCGGGAUGAGUUCCAACCCAUGACAGUCCAGCCUCAUCCUCCUCUGCCCAGCUGGAACCUGGUGCAUACCCUCGGUCACAGCAGCCUGGACCACCACGUGGGGUCCUUCUGACCAGGUCGUUGGUAGCCGUAGUGUUGGACUGAUGUCUCGAUGGAAGCUGUUUGAGCGUCAACGUCUCAGAUGGUCCAGCGCCGUCACUCAAGCUCUGGUCCUCUCUGUGCUGACAUUCUGCAUCCUCCUGCCACUCUGCUGCCACCGCCUCCUCUACUCCUACUUCUUUAUCCGCUCCUUCUAUCUGGACUCCCUGAGCGAGCAGGUUCUGCAGGAUAGCUAUGAGAAGGGCCAGGAGGCACUCCGCUACUGGCAGAGCCACUCCACCGCCGCCUCCACCUUCUCCAGCAUCACCAGGGGGCCCAAACUGCUGGUUACCGUGGUAACGGCCAGGCGCACUGAGGGGCGGGACUUUCACUACCUGCUCCAAGUGAUGCAGCGUCUGGCCGGCCUCCUGACAGGCUGUGGGGAGCAGCGUUGUGCAGAGGUGCUGGUGUGUGAUGUGGAAAGCAGUCCCCUGGGGAAUGAGGAUGCCUCGCUGCUGGAAGGGAAGUUCUGGGUGGUCCGGCGGUCACCCAUUGAGCAGCAGAGGGUUGAUGCGCACGUCAACACCUUUGAGAAGGAGAAGAGGGACUAUGUCUACUGCCUUGGAAAAGGAUGGGAGCUGGUGAGGCCCCAAAACAUGGUGGUUCUGGAAGACGAUGCCCUGCCGAGACAGGACUUCUUCACUGUCGUCCAGAACCUCCUGUCCCGUAAGUUUGUGCUCCAAACUCUUUAUGUCAAACUGUACCACCCUGAGAGGCUCCAACGGUACUGGAACCCAGAACCCUACCGGAUCUUGGAGUGGGUCGGGUUGGGUGUGGUGGGAGCGACCAUGCUGCUUCUCGCUUUGCCUCUCUGGAACCCCCUCGCCCUCUCCUUCACACUCUCCCCCGCCCACCUGCUCCUCCUCAGCCUCUACAUCAUGGCUGUCGUAGAGCUGGUGGGGAGACACUACCUCCUGGAGGUCCGCAGAAUCUCCCCCCAGCUCUACGCCGUCUCCCCGGCCACCGAGUGCUGCACCCCAGCCAUGCUGUUUCCCGGGAACUCCUCGCUGAGAGCCAUGGACUACCUGGACGGCUCCUUCUGUUUCAAAGGCAAUGCCAAAGACACGGUGCUGUACCACAUGGUGCGUUCCACGCCCGGUGAGAGAGCCCACAGCCUGGAGCCCAACCUGGUCAACCACAUCGGAGCCUUCUCCUCGGUCAGGAUCAACCCACCCAGACCCAAACUCCUUUGAUGGGAAACUGUCAGAAAAAAAAGAAAACGUAUACUUUGUAUUUUUUGAUACUUUAUCGAGGGAAUGUCUCUAAGUUGUAAGACCAUGGUACAGGCUGUGGAGUGUGGGACUUACAUUGGUCCUGAGAACAGCUUCUUGUUCACUCCUAGUCGUCCUCUGUGGUCUUGAAAUGCCUUUCUUUUGUGCUGGUGUGAAUGAGCGAUUCCUUACAAUCACGAUAGAGCGGUUUAGACGGGCUCAGACUGGGUUUCUCCUUCUCCUUGAUGUUUUUCUCCUCCUCUCCUCGGUAAAAACAGCAUAUUGUAGAGACUCAUGAGUUGCGCUCUCUGUCUGCUGUUUUGAGGAACCGAGACAGAUAUCUUGCUGCCGUGGCCUUUUUCUCUAAACGCGAGACGAUAUAAAGUUAAUAUCGAGACACAGUGAAGUCACAGGAGAGGUUCUUUUGCCCAAGUUUGUGGUGCAAUUUGCUGCAGUAGCUACUACUACUACAGGUACACAGUACUGAGUACCAUGAUACCAAGUUGAAUGGAGUACUGUCUGUGAAGUAGUGAUGAGUUUGAUACAGCAGGGAAUGACAGCG